AUGGCUCGAUACGUCGUCGCGGGCAGCGCAGGCAGCCAACCGCCCAAGAGACAGCUCCGCAAGUGGUGGAAAGAGAGCUCCGUUUACCAAGUCUAUCCUGCGUCGUUUCAAGACUCGACCGGCUCGGGCGUAGGCGACUUGAAAGGCAUCAUCGACCGCGUCGACCACUUCAAGUCCCUUGGCGUCGACAUUGUGUGGUUGUGCCCCAUCUUUGAGAGUCCCCAGAUUGACAUGGGAUACGACAUUAGCAACUAUAAGACCAUCCACGAGCCGUACGGCACCGUCGCCGACGUCGACACUCUCAAGGAUAAGCUACAUGAGCGCGGCAUGAAGCUCGUGCUCGACCUCGUCGUCAACCACACCAGCGACCAGCACGAGUGGUUCAAACAGUCUCGCAGCUCAAAGAACAGCCCCUACCGCGACUGGUAUAUCUGGCGCAAGCCAAAGUACGACGCCCAGGGCAACCGCCAGCCUCCCAAUAACUGGGCUUCCCACUUCCAGGGCAGCGCGUGGGAAUACGACGAAGCGACGGACGAGUACUACCUCCGCCUCUUCGCCCGGGAGCAACCCGACCUCAACUGGGAGAACCCCAAAGUGCGCGACGCCGUCCACGACACUAUGCGCUUCUGGCUCGACAAGGGCGCAGACGGCUUCCGCCUCGACGUCAUCAACUUUGUCAGCAAACCCCAGGAUUUCCCGGACUCGAAGCAGGAGGUCUUACCCGGUUCCGAGCUCUACUCAGCCGGCCCGCGGCUGCACGAGUACCUCAAAGAGCUGGGCGCGAUCCUGCAGGAAUACGACGCCUUUAGCGUCGGCGAGAUGCCCUGCGUCAGGGACCUCAACGAGGUGAUUAAGAGCGUCAACGGCGACCGCGGGGAGCUGAGCAUGAUUUUCCACUUUGAAUUCGUCGACAUCGACAUCGGCCCCCACGGAAAGUUCUCCGCUAAGGAAUGGGAUCUCGCGGAGCUCAAGGGCAUCGCCAAUAAGUGGCAGCGCUUCAUGUAUGACCACAACGGCUGGAACGCCCUGUACCUCGAGAACCACGACCAGCCACGCUCCGUCAGCCGCUUCGCCAACGAUGCACCGGAGCACCGCGCCAACAGCGCCAAGGCCGUUUCCAUGUUCCAGGCCUUCCAGGCCGGCACGCCGUUCGUAUACCAGGGCCAGGAGAUUGGCAUGGUCAACGUGCCCAAGGAGUGGCCGAUGGAGGAGUACAAGGACAUUGACUGUUUGAAUCACUGGAACCUGCACAAGGACUCAAAAGACAAGGAGUACCUCCAGUUCCUCAAGUCGCAGUACCAGAAAAAGUCCCGCGACAAUGCGCGGACGCCGAUGCAGUGGACCGCCGACGCCAACGCGGGCUUCACGACAGUCGAGGCCACGCCAUGGAUGACGGUGCACCCCAACCACACGGAGAUCAACGUUGCCUCGCAGGUCUCGGAUCGGAACUCCGUCUUCAACUUUUGGAAGACGGUUCUCGCGACACGCAAGAGGUACCUCGACAUCUUUGUCUACGGAGACUUUGAUCUCGUGGACGAGAAGAACGAGCGGAUUCUGGCGUACGCCCGGCGGGCCGAGGACGGUGCCGUGGCGAUUGUCGCGUGCAACUUUUCGACCGAGACGGUGGAGUGGGAGGGCCUAAAGGGGGAGAACGUGAAGGAGGUACUGGUCACCAACGGCGGCAAGGCCACCAAGGACUUUAGCGGGGGCAAGGUCUCUUUUGGACCGUACGAGGGAGUGGUGGUGCUCCUGGCCUAG